UCCGCAACCUCUUCAUCCGUUUCUAGCUCAAUUGCACCUUCCUCCCUGCCUUCAACUUUGGUUGAGACAGCAUUGACAUCGGACGCCUUGGUCUCUAUCUUUAUUGCUUCAACUGAAUCUGGAUCUACAAUUGGCUUCACCUUGGACCCACAGUCUCACAACGAGACAAAACCUGUCGGGCUGAGUACCGUAGCCAGAGGCAAAUCGUUAUCUUCUUUGGAUAUAUCGAGAGACCCAGAUCGUCUAAAAUUAUCUUCCUUUGGGGCUAACGACUCUCCUCAGGCCUUGUGCCGGCUCAAUAGGCCAUCGGGCUGUGUAAUCUCUACGCCAUCAUGCCACAUAGUUGCUACUAUGAAAGAUUGUCUAGAAAAGCUGGGCGAGACGGAGGAACAAGAAGAAGAAAAAAGAGGGAUAUCCUGUGGCUCUAGGUCUUCUGACUCAUUCAGGCUAUUGAAUCGACCUUUGGAGGAUGAGGAGGAGGUAGUGGAGGAUGGAGAGGAUGAAGGAGGGGAGAGUGUAAUAUUGAAUAAAGGCCGAGUUGAUGGUCUGAAGGCAUCUUCAAACAACGGAAUCGCUCGUUCCCCUGAAGAUUUAGCUUUUAGGCGAUCAUUGUCUUCCCUUGGUGUUGUGAAUGCUUUCAAAUUGGCGGUUGAAAGUGAGCAACUUGCAACAACUGAUUUUAGCCUUAGUGCUGACUUGACUUCUUUAUCAUCAUCAUCCUCAAUCAGCAAUAUUCAUGAUAGUACAGGUUUAGAAGUUUCUCUUCCCUCCUCUCCUACCAUCUUGACUCGGCCUUCACCUCUGAUCCCUGCGCCGCUUGUUCUUACGCUACCUUCUCGGGCUUCCCUACCUGAUACCCCGGGCUCCCUCAUUACUCCAGUUGCUUGUUCCAACGAUCCGAUCGCCUUUCAUCUCUCCACGCCUACAUUCACCCCCACCCCUACAUCAACAUCUACGCACCUACAAACCCACACGCACAUGCAAAUUCCAGGAUUAUGCAACCUCGAUAACCUUUCGGGACUGCCUACCCCCGUAUCAUCGGCCAACACUACCCCCGGAAUGCUACCUUUACUGCUCAGUCCGUUACCCCUCAACACCAUGUCUACUUCCAGCUGCAGUAAUGGGAAUACUAUCGCUUCCAUGGGAGUAAGCACAUCUUGCUUUCUUCCCACUAAUGGUGCUGUAUCUCCUGCUACCUCUAAUAUAUUCUCAUCGUUCACUUGCACUACUCCGAUAACUGCGUGCCUCACGGGAACCGCCUCUACCGUCCCAUUUUCUCUUCUCUCACCCGGUUACUUGACUACGUCGUCUGUGGUCCCUCCUGUAUGCUCUGGUAUUGGUAUUGAUUGCCACAUUGAACCAACCGGCCUAACUGUUUCAAUGGCAAACGAGUCUGCGUCAACUGCGGCUACUGACGGUGGUUUUGGACUUGAACCUGAGCUGACUUCGCUGAUUCCAUUUUGUCCGCCCUCUAGUGUGGCAAUUGAUGCUGCUCAAACGUCUGCGGAGCAACAAAAUUUGCAGCUGUUGCAAAUUCACUCAGACCCCCGAUUGGAUGAGGAGAAUAUAAAUAGUAAGAACUCCAAGCAUCUUCAGGAGCUCCAAGUUGUGAAGCUGAAUUCAAAAAUGGAUAUUCGGGUUGAUGAAGAUGGCGAAGAAGCAAAGAGGAUAGAAGAAGAAGAUGAGGUAGAAGGGGAAGAGGAGUCAUCAACUACCAAAUGUAACUUCUCUGAAUCCACACCGUUGCCAUCAGUCACUGGAUCUUGCACAGCGACAAUCCGAACCAAAGCGCAGUCGGAGAAUUCUCCAAUUCCUUCACAAACUCGGAAAAAGGCCUCAUGGCGCAACCGCUUCUCUCGUUAG